AUGGCAGAUGCCACGGCGGAUAGCCUGCGGGCCGAGAUCGAAGCGACGAAGCAGCAAGUGCAAGCGGAACGUGCGAAGGGACAUGAGCUUCGCAAGGAGAUGGUACAGGCUGAAGAGAGACAGCGACUGCGCCGGGAGCUGGACAAGCAAAGAAAAACUCUCGCGGAAGAGCAAGACACGAACCAAUGGCGGACUCAGUACCGAAGAGAUGUCGAUGAGGAUAGGUCGGGACCAGCGCCAAGACUCUUAGCCCAAUCGUCUGCUCGCCGCGAGACGCUGCUGAUCGAUCGUUUCGAUGGCGAAACGACGAACUGUAGCCACAGAGUCGCCAAGGGCGAGUACAUCUGGAAGAUCACCUCCAUGUCUUGGGUGCGCAGCAUGCUGGAGCAGGAAGAUCUGAAUUACGUACAGUCGAAGAUCUUCCAGGUGGGCGGCCAAGAUUUCGAGUUUGCCUACAACCCAGAUGGAGGGAUGCUCCUCUGGGAGCCCGGGCCGGGCCCUGCGGGAUCCGCUCAGCACGGGUCUCUGGCUGUGCUGCUCUGGGAAGGGGGCCGAAUAGCACUUCGCUACCGCAUCUUCGUGAAAGUGCGGGGCGGAGACUUCGUUCAGUGGGGCGAAACCUCUACGGAGGUCCUGGAGGAUGAACAUGGCUGCAAAGCCUUCGGCCCUGACGUGCACGACGGCAGUUCGGACCCUGCAAAAAUGGGCAUCUUUGGUCUCACGCACGAGGAGCUGCUUCGCUCGGAGUGGGUAGAGGGGGACAUCCUGACAGUGAAGUUUGUGCUCGAAGUGCGCCUUGAGGGAGACUGCGAGUCGCGACCUCUGAGUCCAGGAAUCGACAUACCAGGACCAACCAUGAGUCAAGACAAUCGCGCUCUAUGGGAGAAAGGCACCUGCAGCGAUGUCGAGUUCGUGGUACAGGGAUAUUCGAUCCAGGCGCACUCACCGGUGCUCUGCGCAAGAUCCGAGGUCUUUCAAAAGCAGCUGACAGUCGGUAUGCAGGAAUCCAUGUCCAAGGUCGUCGUGAUUGAGGAUUGCGAUCCGGCCACCUUCAGAGCUUUUCUGCAGUUCCUCUACACAGACACAUUCCCAAACGUCACGGAGCUGAUGGCACACAGGCUGAGUCAGGGCGAGAAGUCAGAAGGCUUCUCACGCAUCGCGCGUUUGCAGGCAUUGCUGGCUGUGAGUCACAAGUACGAGGUCACGAGACUACUGCGGUGGUGCGAAAGUCAGCUCUGUGACCAACUCAGCAACUCGGAGGUCAGCGGUAUUCUUUGCCAGGCACAUCUGCUUGAAGCCGGGCAUCUAGAGAAAGCUUGCCUGGCAUUUAUUAAAGAGCACAUGGUUGAUGUCAUCAAGCUGCCAGCCUUUGCCGAGCUCAUGAGACAGUGGCCUGAUAUCAUGCUUCGUAUCGGCCUCUUCUCAGCCGGAGUGCCGGACAUGGAGGCAGCCGCAGCCUUGGAUGCUUCGAGGUGUUUAGGAAUCCUUUAA